UGAAACAUCAAACACCUCAUAGGCGCUAAAAUGGAGAACCCAUCUUCAUUGGAGAAUUUGCUUCAAACCCUAAAUACCAGAGGAUGGUGUUUCCGGGAUAUCAAUCUUGUAAAUUCACUCAUUGCAGCUCAAUUGGCGUCAUCAUACACCGUUAGUUCAAUCGAAUCGGAGCUCCUAAACAUGGACUUACGAUCCGUCGGCGGGAAGUCGUUGCCGGACUUUUCUCUUCUCCGUAAAUCGUCUCAUAUCCAAGGCCCUAAAGUCCUUCAAAUAUCUUCUGUCAGAGAUAUAUCACGAAGUAAUAUGGCUGAGAGUUCUGGAAGUUCCAACAAUCGGCGUCUACUUAGAUUAAAGCUCACUGAUGGGCACUCUGAAAUAACUGCUAUAGAGUACUCUCAUAUACCAUCAAUUCCUGAUGAUGUUGUUCCUGGAACUAAGGUGCGCUUGGAAAACAAAGCUACAGUUCACAGUGGUAUUGUGUGUUUGAAUGCCAAAAUGAUUACUGUUUUAGGAGGAGCUGUUAGUUCUCUUUAUGAGGAAUGGCAGAUGAACAAAAAAUAUUCAGGUUUCUCCCGUUCAACCUUGAAAGUAGCACAUGAGGAUGGAACUGCUGGUCCACCACCAUUUGAAAAGUUGCAGAUUGGAGCUUUGCACAAACCCCUUUCUCAGCAUAAGAGAUAUUCUGAAAAAGCUCAAAGUUCCACAGCUAGUCAAACGCAUAGAUUUCAGAACAAUGAGUCAAGGAUAGAGAGCACGGGUAAUGAACUGAAGCCACCUGCUCAUAUUGAAAGGAUUGAAGAAAAGCCAAGCACCUCUGAAUCAAGGCCAAAAGAAGUGGCCGAGGCUGUCCCUGUUCAAAACCAAGCAGCUGCGCAAAAAUUACUGCAGAAAAUGAGUCAGCCUCCUCCUCGCGGUGGUCAUCGUUCCAGAGGGCGAGGACACAGGGGAAGGGAUAGAGAGGAAGAUGAGUCGCACCUUCUUACGCUAGAGGAAUGGGAAAGGAGAAAAAGUGGUGCUAAUCUUUCUGCAGCACAUGAUUUUCCUGAUGUUAGCCAAGAUGAGGAUCUUGCAAGACAGCUGCAACAUCAAUUAGAUUUCGAAGAUUUUCAUGAACAACAAGAUAGUACAACAACUGCGGCAGAGAACAUCAGAAUGAGCAUGUUCACAUUUGAAAGAGACAAUGGUGGAGGUCAUGGAACAACAGGAUUUAGGGGAAGAGGGAGAGGAAGAGGGAGGGGAAGAGGAAGAGGUAGGGGAAGGAGAGGCUGACUUCCGUCUACCGUUCAGCCUUUCCCCCUUUUCAUUUUCUAUGUUAGAUCUUUAGUUUUUAAGAUAUCACAUACCUUUCCAAAAGACAUCACAUGUCUUUUUUUUUUUCUUCUUUGGCUAUUUGGUAUUUGUAACUGUUUUUUCAGAACCAUUAUCAUGUGAUAUGCUAUGUCUAUUUCCUUAGAUGUUUCCCUUCUUUGAUCACCUAUCUUAUGAAUGAGUUAGAUAUGCUGUU